UGGACCGGAGGAGGAGGAGGAGGAGAGGAGGGGGCACUGUUGUCAUCCGUCAGGGCUGUGAGUCGAGCUUUUUGUCCAGAAGAAAUGGCUGGGAUCAAAGCUCUCAUUAGCCUUUCCUUUGGAGGGGCCAUUGGCCUCAUGUUCCUCAUGUUAGGAUGUGCCCUCCCUGUGUACGAUAAAUACUGGCCUUUGUUCCUCCUCUUCUUCUACAUCCUAUCUCCCAUCCCGUACUGCAUCUCACGGAGGGUGGCUGACGACACAGACUCCGCAAGUAACGCCUGCAAAGAGCUGGCCAUCUUCCUCACGACGGGCAUCGUCAUCUCAGCCUUUGGCCUGCCCAUUGUCUUUGCAAGAGCUGAAGUCAUCGCCUGGGGGGCGUGUGCACUCGUGCUAACGGGUAACGUAGUGAUCUUCGCGACCAUCCUGGGCUUCUUCCUGGUCUUUGGAUCCAACGAUGACUUCAGUUGGCAGCAGUGGUAAUCAGCAGGGGGAGGGGGGGGGGGACCUUAGUCUGAACUGUUUUUAUUAGCAUUACGGUUAUUAUUAUGGUAUUACUGUUUGGUUCUUGUUGUUGUUAUUUAUAUGAUGACUACCCAUCCAUAGACUCACACCAAACCAGUGCAAUACUUUAUUUUUCUCUUGUUUUUUUUAUUCGACCGCCUGCAUCAUCCUGAACUGACACAAAGUGGGGUGGAAAAUGCUGACUUAAAGUUGGAUUUUAACUCAUUUUAGUUAAGCUGUCUUAACUUCUGUGUUUGUGAGUUUUUCUCCAUGUGUGUGUCUCCGCUGAUUUGACUGCUUGUGAAAAAAAAAGAAUCCAACUGAAAAUCCAAAUAGGACUUAAUCUGACAGGGUCAAGUUCUGGGGAUGUGCGUAAAUCAGCAAAACAAACUGUUGGCAGAUCUGCACACAACAAGCUCAGCUUUCACCUGACACUGGUCUUAUUGAUUGAAUCUGUGUCUAUUUUUGGUUUUGUCACAGUGGCAGGUGAAAAGUCAGCUGAAGGUAAUGCAGAUUUUCAGUGGGUUCAUCUCCAUCCAUAAGCAGUGAGUCUAGAAGAAUUAGCCACCAACCCUCAGGUCUUUUGAAGCCUGUUACAUAUUUAAGUUUAUUUAUUUUCCAGUGUCUGUUUGUGACUUUUACUUUCAAUAAGUGUUUAUUUUUAAUUUCUUAUGUCACACAUGAUGAGAAGACACAUGGAGGAAAUGUCUACAGACCUCCUUACCAUCACUACACACAUCAAAUUAAAAUGACUUGCUGAGUUCCCAGGUGCCAACUGGAUGCAGGCUGCUUGAUCGCCAUGUUCUUUUGCACAUGAUAGCUCUUACCUCACUCUUAGUAUGGGUAGGCUUUACCUUCAAGAAAGCAUGAAUAGCACACGGUGGCUGCCAGCUAGCAUAGGAUUAGCUUAAGGAGGGCAGACUCAUGUGAAAGUCAGCCAAGAUAAGAACUGGGCCGCUUCUAAUCAAGUCCUGGUCAGUCACUUAUAGCCCUUAAGCUUUUAAAUGUGACCCCUUCAAAAUAAAAGCACCCAGCUGCAUUAAGGUUGUUUUUCUCUCUAGAAGCACAUUAUGGCGUCAUGUUUCCUCACACCAGCAUUUUCAUGAUGAAAGCGCAGAUCUGUUUUUGUUUUUUAGUUUUUUUAGUGUUGUGUAUUCUCUGGUCUGUGGGAAGGAAAGUCGUCCGUUGGUUUGUUUAAUCUGUCGGCAGCUUUGGGAUCAGCGCAGCCUGCAGUCUCUCCUCUUUGCUGUUUAACUGCAGCAGUGGAAGCUAAACAAGCUAACUAGCAUCUGCUGCCUCACUAAAGCACUGGUGUGUUGAACGUUUGUGCUCUCUGAAAUAUUAAGAAAUGUUUUGUAAUGACACUGAAGUAUUAUAAUUAACUAAAUAAUAAGCUCCUCCCCCCCAUUAAUCCUAAAGUAAAUCAAUAAUAUCCACUAUUUGUCUUUUUUCAGAAGUCCUCUUGUCUGACAAUUCUGAAAAGAAUUUAAAGGAAUUAGUUCAACUAAAGUCGGAUUGAAAUUAGCCUAGCUUAGCAUUAAGACUGGAAGCAGGAGUAAGCGGCUAGCCGGUGAGAGUUCAAUAAACCGCCUACAAACAAACACGUCUUAAGCUCAUUAUUGAAAUCAACAAAUACAUUGAUUAAGAAAGAAUAAUGGAUUGACUCUGCCGACAAAAGGAUUUCAUAUUUUCUCUGUGUAGGAGUUUCACAAACAACAAACUCCAGUUGUCACGAUACCAGAGUUUUAAACUUUGUUAUGAGUCUAGCAAAAUGGAAUUAUAUAUUUCCUGAACCUGUUUGGAUACCAAAACGUUGCAGGCCAACUCCUACACGCUCUCUACAUUUGAAAAAAUACAUUGGCAACAUUUUGGCACCGAAACAUUACGAGAAUGCAAUUUAGACUGUUUUCUCUCUGCAGCUCUUUUAAAUCUUUGGUACUUUUUUAAUGUAUUCAAUCGAAAUAAAAGACAUCAAUCAAUCAUUGAAAUAACGGCCAUUAUACCGUUUAAGAUGAGAGACCUAAACCACAGUGUUUGGGGUUCUCUGAUUGGUUCUAAUGUUGUUCGUAUGUCAAAGCACUUUGUGCACCUGUGUUGUUUUUAAAGGUUCUAUAAAAGUUAUUAUUAAAACACACAGUAUCUUCAAAGUAAUGGAGAAACUUGAGAGAUGUUGACAGACGUCUGUUUACUCCUGCUUCCAGUUUUUUAACCUUAACUAAUAACCAUCCAGCAACGAACGACAUGAAACAUCUAUUUUCUUAAUAUCUACUGGAUAGAAGUGAAAAUGACUGUGUUUGAUCAAAAUGUCCGACUCACACUGCAAAUAACAUUUAUUUUAGUUUUCUCUUUAACCCUCAUGUAUCACUAUGGACAUCUUUGUCCAUUUGGUCAAAUGUUUCCUCUUCAUCUGCUCAUCAUUUUGUCUGUGUCAGUGCAUAUGACACACAUUUUUU